AUGAAGGAUAAACAUAAAUACAAGGAUAAGGAUAAGGAAAAGGAAAUUGAGAAGAAAGAGUAUCCUAUUGGCGCCAAACAUUAUGUUAUCCACGAAGAGAUUGGUCAAGGCGUUAGUGGUUCCGUUUAUCGUGCUAUUUGUGUUCCUUUCAACGAGAUGGUCGCCAUCAAGAUUCUCGACUUCGAACGUGACAACUGUGAUCUGAAUAAUAUAUUUCGUGAAGCGCAAACUAUGAAACUAGUGGACCAUCCUAAUUUAUUGAAAGCAUAUUGUUCAUUCGUGAGCGAUCACAAUCUAUGGGUUGUGAUGCCGUUUAUGGCGGGUGGUUCGUGUCUUCAUAUAUUGAAAGCUACACAUCUCGAGGGAUUUGAAGAGGUUAUUAUAGCAACCAUACUUAGAGAGGUGUUGAAGGGUUUAGAAUAUCUUCAUCAUCAUGGUCAUAUUCAUCGUGAUGUUAAGGCUGGUAAUAUUUUGAUUGAUUCUCGUGGUGCCAUUAAGCUUGGCGAUUUCGGUGCUUCGGCUUGUCUUUUUGAUUCUGGUGAUCGCCAAUGGUCGAGGAAUACUUUUGCUGGAACUCCUUGUUGGAUGGCACCUGAGGUUAUGGAGCAAUUGCAUGGUUAUAACUUCAAAGCUGACAUUUGGUCAUUUGGCAUAACUGCAUUAGAGCUUGCCCACGGCCAUCCUCCCUUUUCAGAAUAUCCACCUUUGAAGGUAUUGCUUAUGACUUUGCAAAAUGCACCCCCUCGCCUAGACUACGAAAGUGAUUGGAAGUUCUCUAAGUCGUUUAGAAAGAUGAUUGCUUGUUGUUUGGUUAAAGAUCCUUCAAAACGAUCAUCUGCUAAGUUGUUGUUAAAGCAUCCCUUCUUUAAGCAAGCACGUUCCAAUGAUUAUAUUUCACGCACACUUUUGGAGGGGAUGCCUGCUUUGGGUGCUCGCAUGGAGAUUCUAAAGGAUGCUUUCUCCUACCAAUUCAUUUCUUCCAAAUUAAGAGCCAAAUCAAGAUCAUACCGAGCUUUCCUUUCUACAUCAUGA